AUGAAGCUCGCCUUGGCGGGGGCGCAGUCUAGUGCUCAGACCUUGCGGCUCCCAAAUCCCAAAACCCCCCUAGGCGGGAACCUCAGCCUUCGACCGCGCCACCAGCGCCUCGGCAGCCUUAAGACCUUGCGUCUGCGCGUCUCACCCGUGUCGCGCGUGUCGCCAGCGGCCAGCGGAAUACCGGCUGAUCUGGUAUAUGGGCUGAAGAAGGAUGCUGUCAGAUCAGGCCCAGUGGUGCUCUCAGGUGCCCCCGGGGCAAAGCAGUGCCUCCUGCUCCUUCCGAGGUCAUUGGCGGCCGGCGCCAUCAACGCCCCUCACGCUGAUGAUUCGCGUCUCUACAUUGAUCAGCCUACUCGCACUUGGCACCUUCCUGUUCUAGCUCCUCCACUUCAGCCGGUAAUCACAUUGGACUGCGGUCUGGACAACCACACGCGGUCGGCCACACCGGCCGUCUCUCACCCACCUCCACUGGAGCAACUGUCAACUCACCACCCGAUGCCCACAACUCAACACACCUUCCCUGUCAUUGUCAAAACAACAUUCUACCGCCCUUCACUGACCAUGGCCAGCUCGAAACGCCUCUUCGAAGGCCUCAACUUCUUCUUGCAAUACAGUGAUAGGCCAAAGGAAACCUUCUUCAGCGACUUGCGCCUCAUCCGUAAGAACGAUGGUCGCACAACUCGCUUCCCCCUCAACUCGAAGCCUACACACGUCGUGGUGGACAUCCCAGGCCAGUUCCGGUUUCACACCUAUUCUCUACCAGCCCACCCGCCUCCAUCAAACGAACCGCCAGUGAAGUGGUCGCUGGAUCAGCUAAUGGAGCACUUCACCAGCCCCGAGACAGAUGACGAGGUCAUCGUGGUCCAAAGGCAAUGGAUCACUGAUUGCAUUCGACACGGGAAGCUUUUGGCAGCCAGCGAUGAGUGGGGCGGGUGGAGAGUGCGGCGUCGGCGCUCGAGUCCCGAGCCUCCUCAAGACUUCUCUGAAGUCCCUGGUACCGGUGAAGCAACCACAACCAAAGACAGCGCAAGACCUUUUAAACGCCCUCGGAUGACGCGCAGCGCGAGCGAAACCUCUCCGCCGAGGAAUCUUCUUUCGCUCAAGGAGUUCCGCAACAGGCGCCCGGUCUCGUUCCUUCAAGACGACACACUGGCGGAGAGAAUGAGUCGCAGCCAUUCUCCGACGCCUACACAAGCUCAUCGCAUGAGCUCAGAACAGCCAGCACCUUUACUGAUCCGUAUUCCCCGCUUCAAGCCCAUCGCAGACUCAAACCCCACUCCGGGACCCUCCGUGUCUUCCUCGGCACGACCUUCGCCACCGACCGGUGACUCACCGGCUGUGUCACAUUUCACCCAAGCCUCUGAGGCUGCCCCCAACCCCAACUUCGUGGUCGACACAGUGUCUGCGCCAGAGCCGGAGUCAGACAAUUCAUUUGUCUUAGAAACGCCUGACACUUUGUUCGAACCUGCGAGGGACUCACUGCUCAGCGUGUCCUCAGUUUCGUUACAUCUUGACUCUGCCGAAGCAAAUCCGGCCAUCGAGUCUUCAGGUACCGACAAAUGA